GAAGAAUAGAGCCGAUUUAAAGAGUGGGGAGGAUGGGUCUGUGUAAAUUGUGCUGCUGACGUAUAACACUGGAGGUGGAAUUAUUGAAAGUCAACUCUUCAUAUUUAAUCACAUGAACUUUUCCCAUCCCCUCAUGGUCCGAACUUCGACGAAAACCUUCGACGGAAAGGGGUUGAUUUAAGAAGUCGUACCAUGAAAAUCACAGGUUGCUUGAAUUUUGCCUUGGUGCUGGCCUCCUUCGCCGCGGCCCGAACCCCAGUCAAAAGAGACAAUGUGAGUACAAUAUUGUCAGAUAUUGAAAAUGCUGUUACAUGUGCUGCUUGUGAGGCCCUUUUAGUCAUCUUACAAGGCCUCGCUCAUCUAGGGAAUGAUGACUUCACUAGUACCAUCACUGAAGUGUGCAUUUUGGCCGGAGUCGAAGAUUCUGAUGUCUGCGCUGGAGCGAUUUCCCGCGAAGGUCCUAUCCUAGCACACGACCUUCGCCAGAUGAAUAUCCCCUCGCACACCGCGCAGCUUUUCUGCAACACCAUUUUCGGACUGUGUCCAUUCCCCACAGUCACUGCAUACAACGUGACAUUUCCAUCGCCAAAACCAAGCACUAGCCGUCCGGCCGCUAGCGGAAAGACUUCCGUUAAAGUGGUGCAUUACAGCGACAUUCACGUCGAUUUGUCUUAUGAAACUGGCAGUAGCUAUAAUUGCACAAAGAAUAUUUGUUGCAGGCCUUAUACAAGCGCCGAUGCUCCUGGAAACACCUCGUACCCGGCGGGACCCUAUGGAAAUCACGCGUGCGAUGCGCCAGUCAGCCUGGAGGAGAGCAUGUAUGCUGCCAUUCAAGAAAUUGCACCUGAUGCAAUAUUCACGUUGUUUACUGGAGAUGUGGUUGAGGGUGCUGUCUGGCUGGUUAACGAGACCGAGGUCACCGGAGAUCUUCAGAGUGCAUACGGCAAGAUGUCUUCUUUGACUCAGGUUUAUAGUACUGUUGGAAACCACGAUGCAGCCCCUGUAAACUCCUUUCCCCCAGAUGCCGUUAAUACUACCAUCAGCAGCCAAUGGGUCUAUGACACCCUAUCCAGUCUCUGGACAAGCUCAAUCGGCUCGGCGGCCAGCGCAACAGCAGACAGGAACCCAGGUGCCUAUUCGGUUCUCCACCCGGGUAGUAACCUGCGAAUUAUUUCUUUUAAUACAAACAUGUACUACAAGGAGAACUUUUGGCUGUACGAAUCCACUAUGGAGGCCGAUCCUAGUGGGCAACUCGCUUGGUUGGUGGAUGAACUCCAAGCCGCUGAGGAUGCCGGAGAACGAGUUUAUCUCAUUGGCCAUAUGCCCAUGGGUUCCGGAGAUGCAUUUUACGAUGGGUCAAACUAUUUUGAUCAGAUUGUGACCCGGUAUGAAGCCGUGAUUGCUGCGCUAUUCUUUGGGCAUACACACAAAGAUGAAUUCGAAAUUUCAUACAGCAACUACACCUCACAGUCCUACUCAAAUGCCGUUGAGAUCUCAUAUAUUGCACCCGCCAUGACGCCCACCAGUGGCAUGCCAGCUUUCCGCGUCUACUCCGUCGAUCCUGAAACUUAUGCUAUUCUUGAUAUGACAACUUACAUCGCCAACAUGUCCGACCCGACAUACCAGACUUCGGGGCCAACAUGGGCAAAAUACUACAGUGUCAAGGAAACUUACGGACUGCUGGUGACCCCGCCGCUGACCGACGCAUAUGCCGAAUUAACGCCAGCAUUCUGGCACAAUCUGACUGAGGUGUUCAGCUCGAACCAGACUGUCUUUGACGAGUACUAUGCGCGCAAGUCGCGUGGGUACGAUGUUGCUGACUGCAUUGGAAGCUGUGUGACGGACGAGGUGUGUCAAUUACGGGCCGCGCAGUCGCAGUACAAUUGCGUUACUGUUUCUCCCGGGAUUAAUUUUAAGGUCAAGCGGAGUGACAACAGCCAUGGCAUGGAUGCCCACAGUGAUGGAAAUUGCCAGGGGAGCCAAACAAAAAGAAUCCUGCGCGCUCUGAUGACCCGGAAAGAUAUCCAAAGCAAGCUCGAUAGGAGAAUUACUGGUUUUGGAGACGAUAACGCUUGAUUGGAGAUAUUCCUACAUAGAAAACCAUGGACCUUACGAGUGAAAAAUGAAUGCAGU